AUGGUGAGCAUGCGAUCCAACAACAAGAACUUAGAGCAAUACCCGAAGGCAUCUGGCCGCUUCAUGAUGGACCAGGCCAUGGGCUUCCAAGGCUUCAACAUGUUUGCCAGUGCCAUCAACAUGGGCUUGAACCACUUGGCACAGUUGCGACACACUGGAGGACAGCCAUCUCCAAUUUUGGCACCUUUGGGUCAUCGUCCGCAACUUGCUUUGCCAGCGCCAUCUACAGCGCCUGCGCUUCCCUUGCCUGCUCCAGAGCAGGCGGUUGUCCCUGCUAAUGCUCAGGUGCCUGCAGCUGAGACCGCGUUGGUAGUGUCUCCUGCCACUGCAGCACCAAUGGAAGUUUGUGCGCCAACUGUUGCAAAUCCAAAGCUGCCUCCUCCUGCUGCACCAGUACCUAUGGAAGUUUGUGCGCCAGCUCCUGCAAAGGUGCAGACCGCCAACGAUCUACUUGAUGUUGUGGCGCCCCAAGCCAAAGCCAAAAUUGCUGUCCAUUGA